AACCCAGACCGCAGCUUCGCCUCUUUCGAAACCCUACCAGUGGGGGUGGGGUGGGGUGCUCCUUUGCUUCCUUCAACGCGUGACCUGCGCCCUCCGCAGAGUCUAGCUACUCAGAUAAGUCCUAAAUAGGGAUGCUAGGAGGAGUGAGUAGGCCUAACCUCAGUCCCUCGCUGCGAUGGCCUGCAAACCGCUUUCCCGAGGGCCGAAGGGAGCCGAGCCAAGCUGACUCAGGACCUACCCGAGUGUCGGGGCCCAGUGAGGACCUGGAAAUUCUUGGCUUGUAACCGCGAAGCCGACAGGGAGCAAGAGCUAGGAGAACUGGAGAAAACUGCUCUAAUUAGUUGAUUCUGGCUGGAAGUGGACCCUGCAUCGUAAUAAACCAACAUUUGCAAAGCGCUCUCAGAGGCUCUAGGGUGACUUGUCUCAGAGAUUCCUUGAGAACUGAGCCCUUUGCUGGACCCAUGCCCGAGCCUGUGCCCCCAUGACCAGGUGGACAGCAGCUCCUGGUGCCUGCAACCCAGAACCCUGGCUGACCGCAUUGAAGCAGGAUGCUCCAGCAGGUUAAUGGCCACAGUUCAGGCUCUGAUGCCCAAGGCAGGGAAUCCCUCAGAGAAGACCUGCAGGAGUUCCUGGGUGGGGAGGUCCCGCUGCACCAGCUGGAUGACCUCACCAAGGUGAAUCCUGUGACGCUGGAGACAGUCCUGAGGUGUCUGCAGGCCCGGUACACAGCUGACACGUUCUACACCAAUGCUGGCUGCACCCUGGUGGCUCUGAACCCCUUCAAGCACGUCCCUCAGCUCUACUCGCCAGAGCUGAUGAGAGAGUACCAUGCUGCUCCUCAGCCCCAGAAACUGAAGCCCCACAUCUUCACUGUGGGUGAACAGACCUACAGGAAUGUCAGGAGCCUGAUUGAGCCAGUCAACCAGUCUAUUGUCGUCAGUGGAGAGAGCGGUGCUGGGAAGACAUGGACGUCCCGCUGCCUGAUGAAGUUCUACGCUGUGGUGGCCGCCUCGCCCACGUCCUGGGAGAGCCACAAGAUUGCAGAGAGGAUUGAACAGCGAAUCUUGAACUCUAACCCUGUCAUGGAAGCUUUUGGGAAUGCGUGCACCUUGAGGAACAACAACAGUAGCCGCUUUGGGAAGUUCAUCCAACUCCAGCUGAACAGCCUGCUUGUGCCCAGGGACCACCAGAUGACCGGAGCUGCAAUUCAGACCUACCUCCUAGAGAAAACUCGAGUGGCCUGCCAGGACUCCACUGAGAGGAACUUCCACAUCUUCUAUCAGAUCUGCAAAGGAGCCAGUUCGGACGAGAGGCUCCAGUGGCACCUCCCCGAGGGAGCUGCCUUCUCCUGGCUGCCCAACCCAGAGAGGACCUUGGAAGAGGAUUGUUUCGAAGUGACCAGGGAGGCCAUGCUUCAUUUGGGCGUCGAUGCCCCCACCCAGAACAACAUCUUUCAGGCCCUAGCUGGACUGCUGCACCUCGGCAACAUCCGGUUUGCUGGCGCUGGGGAUGAGGCCCAGCCCUGCCGGCCAAUGGAUGAUGGCGCUGUCAGGACAUCAGCCUUACUGCUGCGGCUCCCAGAAGACCCACUGCUGGAGACACUGCGGAUUCGAACCAUCAGGGCAGGCAGGCAGCAGCAGGUGUUCCGGAAGCCCUGCUCCCAGGCCGAAUGUGACACCCGCAGAGACUGUCUGGCCAAACUGGUCUAUGCACGGCUGCCAGGUAUGAGGCUUCACCCUGCACGCCCAUGGUUCUCCAGUCCCCGCCUCCUCCCUGCACUGGCCCCACAGGUUCUCCCCUUCCUCGCAGGCCUGCUGGAUGUGUACGGCUUUGAGUCGUUUCCCCACAACAGCCUGGAACAGUUGUGCAUCAACUACGCCAACGAGAAGCUGCAGCAGCACUUCGUGGCUCACUACCUCAGGGCUCAGCAGGAGGAAUAUGCAGUCGAGGGCCUGGAGUGGUCAUUUGUCAACUACCAGGACAACCAGACCUGUCUGGAUCUCAUCGAGGGGAGCCCCAUCAGCAUCUGCUCCCUCAUAAAUGAGGAGUGCCGCCUUAAUCGGCCAAGCAGCGCAGCCCAGCUCCAGACGCGCAUUGAAAGCGCCCUGGCCGGCAGCCCCUGCCUGGGCCACAACAAGCUCAGCCCGGAGCCCAGCUUCGUCGUGCUGCAUUACGCGGGGUCUGUGCGGUACCACACCGCGGGCCUGGUGGAGAAGAACAAGGACCCCGUGCCCCCUGAGCUGACCAGGCUCCUGCAGCAAUCCCAGGACCCCCUGCUCAAGGUGCUAUUUCCUGCCGACCCUGAAGAGAAGUCCCAGGCAGAGCCUUCUGGCCAGAGCAGGGCCCCGGUGUUGACCGUGGUGUCCAAGUUCAAGGCCUCCCUGGAGCAACUCCUGCAGGUCCUGCAGGCCACCACGCCCCACUACAUUCGCUGCAUCAAGCCCAACAGCCAGGGCCGGGCGCAGGCGCUCCACCGGGAGGAGGUCCUGAACCAGCUGGAGGCCUGUGGCCUCGUGGAGACCAUCCAUAUCAGUGCCGCCGGCUUCCCCAUCCGGGUCUCUCACCGGACCUUCGUGGAGCGGUAUGCGUCGCUGAGAAGGCUCCAUCCUCGUGCACCCCCCGACCCCCACAGCCCAUCUCCAGAUGAAGGGCACUCAGAAGGGUCUCCACAUGCCGAGCAGGCCACGCUGCGAGCCCUCCUCCAGGACAUCCUCCACACUCUGCCCGCUCUGGAAGCAGCCGCACCAGCUGCCCCAGCGGGGGCCACGCCAGCACCGGUGCACUGUGGCAGGACCAAGGUGUUCAUGACUGACGCCACGCUGGAGCUUCUGGAACGCGGGCGUGCCCAGGCGCUGGAGCAGUGUGCCCGCUGCAUCCAGGCGGGAUGGAGGCGACACCGGCGCCGUGAGCAGGAGAGGCGGAGGCGGGCCGCCGUGUGCAUCCAGGCAGCCAUUCGUUCCUGGCUGACUCGGAAGCACAUCCAGAGGCUGCACACGGCCGCCACGGUCAUCAAGCGCGCGUGGCGGCAGUGGGGAAUCAGAAUGGCCUUCCUUGCUUCUAAAGAACUGGAUGGUGUGGAAGAAAAACACUCAUCUCAAGCUCCUCGUUCCCCAAGCUCCUUCCCACUGCCCCUGGCACAGACCAAGCUCCUGCGGGCAGUAACCCACCUCUGGCCCCUGGGACUGGUCCUGGCCAACGCGGCUGUGGGUGUUCAUGGCUUUCCGAGGAAACUGGUGGUCUUUGCCUGCCUCCAGCUCCCUGUGGGCAGCCCCAGUGGCUACACGGUGCAGGCGCAGACAGCACAAGAACGAGCUGGCAUCAUGUCCAUCCGAGCACUGCCUCAGGGCUCGAUAAAGUUUCACUGCAGGAAGUCUCCACUACGCUAUGCUGAUAUCUGCCCUGAACUGCCGCCCAACAGUGCUACUGGCUUUAAUCAGAUCUUGCUGGAAAGACACAAGCUGGGCCACGUGUGAUUUCGUCUCACCUUCAUCCUCACCUGGCUGUGCCAUCCUUGGUGCCUCUGUUCCUACAAGGCCUUUUCCUGCCAGCUGCCUUGCCAAAGAUAUUUAAUCCACACACAGCUGCCAAACAACUCCCACAGCGACCCUGAGCACCCACGGGAGAGCAAUGGCUCCAGCCUGCAGGCCAGGCCAGGCCAGCAGCUGUGCCCGUGGGCCUGAGGCUCUGAUGUACACCUCAAGCCCGGACAAGUGUCAGGGUUGGUAGUUACCAAACUGGGAUUAAGAAACGUCAGGGCCACAGAGAACUUCAUUUUACUACCUUCAGAGAUCUAACUCCACGGUGCUGGCCAUCACUACAGUGGGUACCCACUUCCUCAAACCCAGUAGGCAAAGUCACCAUGAAAUCAGCUCUAAAAUUAUGGCCGGAGGAAAUUUUGCAUUUUAGUUCCUUUAAAAGGAACAAAACCCUACUAUUUAAAUAUUUGUUGAUUUAUUUAAUGUAAUUUCAAGCAAUUACAUUAUGAAUCAAGAAGGAUGAGCAAUGCAAUGUACCACAGAACAACCACAUGUUAAUUUUACUUAGAAACACUGAGCAAGUUUUAAUUCAAGUGGGUGUAAAACUUGUCUUAACUGUACCA